CUAUUUCAUUCUUCGGAAAUCUCUCUCUCCGAAAUGGUGAAAUUUUGACGUUCGUAGCGAAGAAGAUAGACAUUUGUUAGAACUAAUAUUAAAAAGCGCAAAUUUUGAUCUACGAAGGCUCACUUUUUUUCUCUCUUCUCUUUCUCGGAGAAACAACCAAACAGAAAAUGGCGGCAUACAGAGCCGACGACGAUUACGAUUAUCUGUUCAAGGUUGUUUUGAUAGGCGAUUCAGGUGUCGGGAAAUCUAAUCUGCUCUCCAGAUUUACCCGGGACGAGUUCAGCCUUGAAUCUAAAUCCACGAUCGGUGUCGAAUUCGCUACGCGAAGCAUCCACGUUGAUGAUAAGGUCGUUAAGGCACAGAUUUGGGAUACUGCCGGCCAAGAAAGAUACCGUGCAAUCACAAGUGCGUACUAUCGAGGAGCUGUUGGUGCAUUGCUUGUCUAUGAUGUCACCCGUCAUGUUACUUUUGAGAACGUGGAGAGAUGGUUGAAGGAGCUGCGGGAUCACACAGACUCUAAUAUUGUGAUCAUGCUUGUGGGGAAUAAGGCUGACCUUCGUCACCUGCGAGCUGUUUCUACAGAAGAUGCAAAGGCAUUUGCUGAGAGAGAGAACAACUUUUUCAUGGAGACAUCUGCCCUGGAGUCUAUUAAUGUGGAGAGUGCCUUCACAGAAGUGCUCACCCAGAUCUACCGUGUCGUUAGCAGGAAGGCUCUGGACAUCGGGGAUGAUCCUGCUGCCUUGCCCAAAGGACAGAUGAUCAGUGUGGGUGGUAGGGAUGAUGUAUCAGCUGUGAAGAAAGUCGGAUGCUGCUCAAACUAAUCUGAAGAGGAGGAUGUAGCAGUACUGAUCGAAAGAUGUUCCCUGUUCUUUUAAUUGGAAAUCCAAAUUCUGUGGUGUCAGACCUGUUUGUAUUUGUCGGGAAACUGGUUUGACACCAAUAGGAGAAGGCUCUCUCUCGGCAAACUGGUAUGUAUUCAUGGAUUGGGAUAUUUUAAAGUUAGUCCAUUGUUAACCAAAAGGUUUUGGAUUUAAGAGGAAUGUCAUCAAUGGCUGUUAAAUCUCUUUGCAUCUGAUGUCCGACUCCAUCACUCCAUGCUGUUUUCACCUAGUUUGAAAAUUUUCCUCCCUCGUUGUAUUA